AUGCAAGGGAAGUGUGACCAGUGCGAGCAGUUGUUCGGCCAGUACGACCGGUACUGCUUGGAUGCGGAAGUGGAAUUGAAGCCAAGCCGCUUCAAGAAGGUCAAUGGGGAGAAAGUGGCAGACGGCAAUGAAUGCUUUCCAUGCGAGGCCAGAGAGAUCGAUGACAAGUACAAUGAGCAUCGCACGGUGGCAGCACUGCCCGGGGCACGAAUGCCGACGGAGGGCUUCGACGUUCGAUGCUACCAAGUGCAAGAUUCGUAUGCGGACAAAUUCGAAGAGGCGUGGUGGCUGCCGCUGGACACCUUCAUCAAAGAGGCUGGCGGCAACCCGGCUUCUUUCAAGUCCCAAGACGCCAAAAUAGCUUGGGUUCUUGCUGCCACUGAAGUGGAAAAAAUCACGUGGGACGACGGGAAGCCUGGAGUGAUCCAGCACGAGCACAGUGACGGGCGCAAGAAGUUGCACAUUGGGGUGCGGACGGGCACCAAGAAGCAACAGGAGGAUGAAGAUCUGCGUGGCAACAGGAAGGUUUGUGAGCAGACCUUUGCCCAGUCGCUUGACGGUCAUCGGGCCAUGUUGCGUGGAGUGACGGAUGUAGGAACAUCCAGGGCUCGUGCUAUGCGAUAUGGUCAGAUGGAUGAUGAGGAUGAUGUGCAAUCCGAAGCCCCGACUGCAGAUGAUGGUUCGCAAUGCGGUGCUGGUGGAAUGCAGUUUGGUGUCUUUGAUUCGAAUCCUGCGUCGUCCUCGGCAGCAGACAAGCCGAAGCUAAAGAAGCCACGUACGAAUAAGACACCACCAGGCCACUCGAACCACCCUCGGCAGUUGUCGCCUCCUCGCAGUGAGCCGCCAUUGCAAGGGUCGCUGCCCGCACCCUUCCGUCCGACCGAUCCUCCGGUAAAUCCCCGGGGCAGCAAGAAGGCGAAGGAGCUCAUGAGCAAGGCGACCGAAGCCCUUACAAAACACAAGGAGACCUUCAGCGACAGCAGCAUUUGGACGAAUAGGACCCGCAGGCGUGUCCUUGAGGCUGCCAUCAAAAGCCUCUCCAACCUUGCCAACCAGCUGCUCACUUUGAAUAACGACGCUGCCGAAGGGUUGAGUCGGGAAAUCACAGAGUGGGCGGAUCAAGCGGAGAUCCGUUUUGAUUCUUUGGCCAGGGUGCGGUCAGCGACGCUGGACUAUGCCGAGAUUGAGGGCGUGGCCGAGGAGCAUUUGCAGCCCCUCCGAGAGCUAGGUGUGGCCAUGCUUUCCAAUGUGAUUCUCUUCGUGGCUGGCGAGUGCUUGAAACACAUGGAGAAGGACGGCAAAGAUGCCGAGGGUACCGCUGGAUUCUUUCGGUUGCUGAGCUGUCAGCACAAGGCCGCGGCGUUUUUGAGCGUCGGCAUGGUCUAUGAAGCUGCGUUGGUACAGCAAUCGGAGCGGUUCGACGAUGCGGAGGCCAUGGCAGCUGGUAUCGCGUCAAAUCUGCAAUCGCAGAUGCUUGCAUUGUGGCUGGACAAGGUGAUGCGUGUCAAGAGCCAGACUGACUUGAAUGGCAAUGGGACGAUGCAUUACACCUCGAGCGCUCGGCUGGAUGUUCAAGCGCUUCGAAUCAUGGCAACAAAGGCGUCGCCGCUGGAUGUGUACCAUGCGAAGGCGAUCACGGACUUGCGAAGUCAAUUGUCAAUGAGAUUGCAAACAUUGUCGCGCUCGACAAACUCUGCGGGCAAGCCGUCUGUCUCACAUAGUUCUCUUGCGGCUUGA